AUGGAUUAUCAGAAUCGUGUCGGUUCGAAAUUCGGUGGCGGUGGUGUUGCAGGGGCGUCCGAGAGCAAUGUCGACAGACGUGAACGUUUACGAAAACUUGCAUUGGAGACGAUUGAUUUAGCCAAGGAUCCCUAUAUUCUUCGCAAUCACUUAGGCUCUCUCGAGUGCCGUCUCUGUCUCACUCUUCACACCAAUGAAGGCUCCUACCUCGCACACACGCAAGGUAAAAAACAUCAGACGAAUCUUGCACGUCGUGCUGCGCGUGACAUGAAGGACAGCCAACUUCAAGUGGCUCCGCAGCAGCAGACCGUUCAGCGCAAGGUGUUCCUCAAAAUCGGACGCCCAGGAUAUCGUGUUACAAAAGUCCGUGAUCGGGACACAGGAAAAGAAGGAAUGAUGGUCCAGGUGCAUCUGCCCCAAAUCAAGGCUGGCAUUACUCCUCGGAGACGGUUCAUGAGUGCUUGGGAGCAGAAGAGGGAGCCACCAAACAAGGCAUAUCAGUACCUCAUUGUGGCUGCUGAACCAUACGAAACUAUCGCGUUCCGUAUCCCUGCCCGGGAGAUUGAGGACGAGUCUGACGACGCAGGAUAUUGGAACUGGUCCCACUGGGACCCGGACACCAAGCAGUACAGUUUCCAGUUCAUGUUCCGUUUAGGCUAUUGA